UAUUAACUAUUUUUUAAUCUCACAAUUCUAUUAAGUAACAAAUAAAAGUUCUUUUUCAGAAAAGAAUAGUUCGAAAAAAUUUUUAUAGAAUAAUUCAAUAUAUUAAUAAUUCUUCUUUUUUUAUUUCAAACUUGUUCUAGGAAAUAGCAGUGCACACACAAUCAUGUUCAUUAUGGAGGACAAACUGCAAGUUUUAGCAUCGUUUCACACAGCGCAGCAAUGUAUUCAACAGGGUAACAACAAGCGAUCGAGGAUAUGCACCUGCUUUGCUGUGUGAUCCUCUUUGAUGUCAUUCCCUGGACUUUGAGUGUCACAAGAAGAGCAGGCGAGAGAAAGAGAGAAAACGCUGAGGGAGCAACAUCGCGAAAAAAGCGCCUUUCAAAGCGGAUACUCGCUUCCUCCUUGGCGCAAGAAUGAAACGUUUCGCCUUUUCACGCAUUUACCCGAAUACGCGUGUCGAUACUUCGCAUUCUACGAUACGCAAAGCAAUUCUCUACAAGUGAAGUUGUCUGCAAGAUCACUAACAACGAAAUUAUCGCUUCAUUCAAUGGCAAGAUGUGAAAAGGAGAUAGAAAUGACAAAAAACGCGCAAGUGUUCCUGAAGUCGACUAAUAAUCACCAUGUCAUUUACUUCAACUUGACUUUAACGCAUAUUUCAAGGACCAACGAGUCUUCGAGUGACGCAUCAUCGCGGAUAAUUGUUUUGCAACAGCUGCAGUGCAUUUCACAUCGCAACCACUUAUCGUCCUCGCGAGAGCAAUUUUUGUGCGAACGCACGAGCGGCGUCCCCAGCGAAUAGAAAAGAAACUAAAUACUAGAAGCUAAAACUUCAGCCCCGCAACUUUAAGUCCCUCGUGAAUAAUCACCGGCCUAGGGGCGAAAGUCUCGGCAUACAUAACAGGCCAUGGUAGUCGACCGAUGACCGGCGCAGCCAGCCAAAAGAUUGCAGAGAAUCCGUCCGAGCGACGAGAUAAAUUCCCUCGCGUGUGCCGCGCGGACGUGCAAAACAAAUUAGAAGAGAAAGACAAAACAAAAUAGAGAGACUGAGGAGGGGAAAAAGAAGAGAAGAAAAAAAUAAAAAAAAAAAAACGAAAGGACGGAGCUUGAAAGUACGAGAGGUGGUCGUCCGAGCACGCUGAUAAACGCUGAGUAAUGGGGACGCAAAUUGCGUGCGAGGAAUACCGCGUGAGAAAUGAGUGCCCGAUGCAAAUUCUUCCGGCCGCGAGGGCGACGCGACGACCGAUGCUGCCGGACGCUGUAAUUCCUUCUAAACGGCACGACGCGAUCGCGGACGGGUCCACGAAGCUGACCGUUCCUCGUCGUAUCCGUGACGAUCCGACGAGAGACGUGUAAUUUCCGGGAGAACUUGCCAAUUAGUAAACCGCCCCGGUGGAGAAUUUCCGUUAAGUUAAUACAACAUCGAGUAUCAAUACACCGGAAAUCAUAGACGUUACGUUAUUAUAGCAUCGAUAACUCUCGAUACGGUCUUCGCUAUGAACCAAGAAGAUAUACAAUCUGCGAGAUACUGACACAAAUGGUCUUUGCGAACCAACGUGUAUAUACGAAAUUUUCGGCGCAGAUUAUUCUCCAACGUCAACAGCUCUUAACCCUGAUCUCACGAUGCAGCAGCGUGACGAUAUUACGUCUCUCUAUAGUCUUCGUGAUAUUACGAGCCGACGUGUACAAACUUCGCGGUACUACAAACCAACGUGUAUAGUCUUCACAAUAGAGAGUGACUCGGCGAGUCCGUAAGGCGUCUGUCGGUCUUCCCGGAGUUUCUGCGGCAUCAAUUACACCUCGCUUCCCAGGUUUGUUCCCCGGGAUUGAUGCAGACUCUUUGCCGGCAGAGUGACUGUGCGAUUAUUCGAGAAACGUAUAGUUCCGCUUUAACUAGAGGAAGCGACUUUGCGUCGCGUCGUCCUCGAGAUCAGAUAUAUCUCCGCGCAUCUUAUACCCUAUCGUACAGCGCAUCUUUCUAUAAUACUGAGUUAUUAUAACGUAAUAAUAUAAAUAUAAGAACAUCAAAACUAAUUUUUCAUUAUUGAUCUCGAGUUAAUAAAAACGAUCGAAGAUGCUUGUUAAGAGAUGCUGGCUAGAAAUAAUUUUCCAGUGAUAAAAUCUAACGGAAAAAAGAGUUUUUAUAUUAUAUAUAUAUAAUAUCAAUAAAAAUAAUUUUAUAAUUAUUUGAACAAUUUCUCUCGUAUUAUUAUACGAAUAUUAAUACAAAAAGUUCAUCAAGCUAGACGAAAGAAAGUGAUUAUGUGUUUAGUGACAACAAGGUUUUGAUCUCAAAAUCCACAACGGAAGAAACGAUCUAAAGAAAGUGCGGGUGCUUCAAGAUGAGAUAUCUCACGGUGUAACGUAUCAAGGAUUAAGGCAAACUCCUUGAAACGGACCCUCGGAUUUGCCUACACGAUAGAAAGAACGUCGAGUGGCCAAGUCAUAGUCGCAAAAGUCGAGUAAAAUCCUCCUGCUCGAAACUUUCCUUGAGUAACGUCAAAGAUCAAACAAAGGAUCAAAUAGUCACGAGGAAGGGCGCGCGUAUCUCGCGAAAGUUUCACGCGAAAAGGAAGAGAACAAGAGAGGGAGAGUCGCGUGCUGAUCCUUUCGAGAGGCUGCGCUGAUCGUCGCGGACAAUCGACCGCUUAUCGUGAUCCGCUCUUUGUAAUACACCACAUACCGUGCGCGGAAAAAGUAGACGAGACAAGUGGCGCAGGAAAGGGAUGAUGGCGGGCGCGGGGGUGGGCGGCGUCGGCGGUGCCGGGAUGCUGAGAACCAGGCGGAGGGAUGUCAGCGUCAAGCCAAAUAGAAAACUCGACCGGAAGUCCUCAAGGGGGAUGAUUUACGAGAACGAGGAACUCAGACUGAGAACCAUUCACAUCAAUGCCGAGGUGGAGCAAGGUCAAAACGAUAUCAAGAAGCUGCGCAGGGAAAACGAGCAACUACGUAGGGAAAUAUGGAGCCUCAGGGAUGAAUACGACAAGCUCGAGGAAAUUCUGAAGAGACAGAAAAAUCGCGACGAAAGCGAAGAGUACGAGGAUCGCUCCGAGGAGGAUGACGGCCCGCAGUCGGACUUUUCCUGCGACGAGGAGGAGGAAAAGUACGAGGAAAACGAAAAGGCAGCCGAGGAUUUUAAUCAGGAGGAGCAGUUAGAAAACGCGGAGAAUCAAAAGAUCUCUUCCGAGAAAAUGAGCAGUAGUUUGCAUCGGCUUCACGUGGAGUUCGACGAUCUGUCGGUCGUCGAGGAAGAGGAAGAACUGAAGAGGGAUAAGGAGAGAAAGGACGCGACCCCGUCGGAUGAUGGUCAGAGAAACGAGGCCGCUCGGCACCCACCCCCGCCGAUCCUCAGCCCCCGGCAACUUCACGAUAACAUCCCAUUUUAUCCGGCCACGUACGAACCGACGAGUAGUUUUAGCGGAACCAGUUAUUACACCGAGUGCCCGUUUGAAUUCCCGGGUACGAUCGAUUUAAUGCUGGCCGCGGAUACGUCCGCCUUAUUGGUUUCGCCCUGCUCAGGAUUACAGUCCGAUCCAUUGAUCCCGCCGGUCGGCCUGAACACCGAUCUGGAUCGAGUGACUGAUCCGAUGCUACCUCAAAUUCACGUUCCGCCCGUCGGUUGGCAAAAUGACGUGGUUUCUCAAAAACAACUGCCGAUUUAUACGGGUACGAGCGUCGCUCCCAUCGCGUCAGUAACGAGGAUGCAAAUGAUGAGAAAACCGGAUUCGCAUUUGGAAUAUCAGAAAAUGAUUCCUUCAUCGGGAAACUCGAUAUCUUCCGACGCUUUAAGCUUGUCGAGAAGAAGGAAUGCAAGUACGAAGCAACCCGCGAAAUUCCAAACUAUGUCAGCUAUUCAAGAUUCGCGAAAGCAGCUUUCAAGUUCCGAAGAAACGUUCGGCAAGAAUAUUUGGAACGUCACCGCGAAUUUUAUCGAUGAAAAGCAGGCAAUAAUGAAUGGAGAAAAAGAUGUGCAAAAUUUACGAAUUAAAAAUCAAAAUAUAGGAACUACCGUCGCGUCUACGAUACCGGAGAAGCCAAAACAUUUUUUCGCGCCGCUGUCUUUCAAGCUGAAAAAACAAGAAGAAGAAUCGCCCACCGCGAGUAUGAGUCAUUUUGGAACCGGAACUAGCUCAAGCAGUGGCAAGACAGCUUCCACAGUCAUCUCCAGGACCAAUCCUUUCGUAGCGCAAAAAGGGUCGGCAGAUAUUUACGUGAACGGCGCGAUACCUUGCGAGGAUGAAAAUAAAAAUGAUUCAAAGACAUUCCUGAGUACCGAUAAUCUGUUGAUCGCGGAUAACAGAAACGCUUUAAGUAGUCAAUUGACGAAAUCAUUAUCAUGCCAAAAUCUUUCGAGCGAAUCUCAGAGUAUAGCACAACAAUUAAAAUUCAACCACGUCGAAUCUCAGAUGUUGACAAAAAGCGACAACGCUCUGGACAAUAUAACGAACAAUUCCUCCAGCAAACCGUACAAGAGUCAUCUAAACGUGACACUGAAGGUACCGCGAGCCGAGCGAACACCGAGCCCAGAAACACCGGAGGUUCCCAACCUACCCUCGAUAGAUUACCGCCUCUUCAGGAAUCCCUUCCUGAGAAACUUCGACAAGAUCUGUCCCAGCUAUCAAGUAGAAUCGAAACCUCCUUCUGGCACAGCGCCGCUCUCUAUUCAAGUAAAUGACGAUGCCCUCCCUUAUCAAUAUCCUAUGCCGACUUACGGUCGAGGAGUCCACUUCAGCGAGAAGUUUCGAACUACGCAUUUGCCGGAUCAGAAUCGAUUGCUGAUACCUGGCGAUCAACUGAUAAGCGGUAAACAGGACAUCCAAGUGACUUCCUUCGAGAAACCAAGUCCUUGCACUUUGAUACCUUCCGCUACUCCGUACGAUCUGACCACUCUAAGAAGAUUGAACGCGAAUCGAUACUUUCAAAGUCAGAACUUACAUCAAAACGUUCCGUUUAUACCGCGAGGUCAAUUUUACCCAAGAGGAAGCGAAAUGUUGUACUACGAUAACGUCGCGACGAAAGUACCGGCGCAAACGCAGACUUCGCUCGACGGAGACUCGCAUCACGAAGACGAGGAAACGAUCAGCGCGCCGAAUUCGCCAGACGGACAGACGCGGAAGAAGAUUGUUAAGAAGGACAAAAUUCUAGUCAAGGAUCAGAGACCGCUAUCGCCGGCGGCACAAAGAAGACUGAAGAAGCAGGGCAGUGCCACGUCGACGGAUACGCUCGAUUCGCCGGGAAAAAUGACGCGAAAGAAACCGAGGCAAUUGAGCACGACGACUACGUCUGACGGGCAAGAGGAUAAGAAUGAGAGCAGAUCGUCAUCCUCGGGACAGGACUCGCCGCGCAAGGAUCAGAACCGAAGGAUGUCCGCGUACAUUAAUUCUAAGAGACGAUCGUCUCAAACAUCCUUGAAAACAUCGAGGAGCGGCAGUGUGGACGCAUCCAAGGACAAAUAUACGGAUAGCGCCGCGCUGAAUUUAGAACGCGAAAGGACGAACUCGCGAGAGGUUCUUGCUACUUUCUGGCCCUCAACCGGGAGAGGGCCGAGUCGACUGAAUAAUUCGAAGGACAAAUACCAAGGGGAAAUGCUGAUGGGCCGCUGAAUGAAUUCAGGAAGGAAGACUCCAACCUCCCCGUCGCUAGUGUAAGGACACUGCUAUCGUAACCAGGUCGUAAAACAAGCACAGACAGCGGUAGUACUGUGGCAGUACUAACGCUGUCGCCGGUGUGACAGUUGUAUCUAAACUAGUUCUGCCAAGAGACCAUGAAGGCAAGCCUGCAUCCGCUCUUAAGGCAAAUUUGCUGGGGUUAGCGAGCGUAAGCUUGUCCUAAACACGCGUGCGAAUAAUGGUACGAGUUCUUGAAUUAUAUAGCUCUCUCUAACAGCGAUAAUCUACGAUUAAACUUCUUGAACAACACGAAAGUCUGAAAUACAUCUAAAAUAUCAGGUAAAAUAUUUUUUAGACAUUUAUGUUAUCGUUCUUUAUACAAGUGUCCACUUUUUAUCUAUCUAAAAGAAAUGUAUAUAAUUUAUGUAUUUAAUUUCUUUAAAAAAAAAUACUAUUAUAGAUGUAACGUUUACUUUCUAAUUAUUGUGCAUCAAUUAUUAGUCAUAAAUAUAUUAUUAUUAUAUACGUUGUAAAAUUGGAUUGUAUACGAAAUAUCGUUUCUAGUCAUUUAUUAUUUAUUUAUUAUAGUCAUGCGUUUUAAUAUCUUAAUUUAUAUUAAGGGAAACAAUGCUAGCAAUAUUCUGGCAAUGAGUAUUCCACGCAUUUAUAGACAAACUAACUUUUAAAAUAAUAAUGUUGAGAGAGUAAGGGUGUAUAUAUAAAAGUAAUUUCGUGCCACAUUGAACUAGUAUGUAUCACACAAUACUUGUAUAUUUUGAUAAUUAAUUUAUAUAUAGACAUUUUAAGUGUAAUAUUUAAAGUAUAAAGUAGUUUAUAAUUUCUAUAACAUUUUACGGACAUCUCUACAUGCGCACAUGCUCUU